AUGUAUGCCGAGCCUUUGCAUCUAUGGAACAGUAACAGUACUACUGGGCCACUCGCCGACUUCAGUACUCAUUUCACUUUCAUGGUCGACACUGAUAAUAGCGAAGUCUUCAGUGAUGGAGUUGCCUUUUUCCUAUCUCCCGUGGGCUAUCAGUUUCCGCCAGACUUUUCAGUUGGUGGUCUAGGACUCUUCAACACCCAUGCCAGUACUCUUAAUGCUUCCCAAAGCCAAGUUGUAAGCGUGGAGUUUGAUACUUGGUCGAACAACGAAUGGGAUCCACCAGGACCUCAUAUUGGGAUCAAUAUCAAAGAUGUCGCUUCAGUUGUUUACGCCGAUUGGAAUGUUAGCAUCAUCUCGGGGAAGCUUGGUAAUGCAUGGAUAACUUAUAGCGCUACUGCCAACAACCUUACUGUGUUUUGGACGUUCACUGAGAAAUUUGACCCUGCGUCUUUGGGGAAUGCUUCUUCUAUCACUUACCAUGUUGACUUGCGAAAGGUUCUUCCCGAAUGGGUUACAAUCGGUUUUUCUGCUUCAAGUGGAGAAUUCUCUGAGCGGCAUGUCAUAAGUUCAUGGGAAUUCAAUUCAACUUUGGUUGAUAACGAUAUUACAAGGGGCAAAAUCAAGCAGAAGAAGAAGAAGAAGAAGAAGACAUUCUUGAUAUUGGUCAUUGCAAUUCUUGGCUUCACUCUGAUGCUUGGUGUCGUCGUAUGUUGGUUAGUGGUAUCAAGGAAGAGGAGAAACAAUAACUCCCAGGAUGUGUCCACUGUAAAUACAGAUCUUGAGAGAGUGACCUUGCCAAAACGAUUUGGUUACAAGGAAUUAGUUGCUGCUACGGACAACUUUGCAAGCGAUAGAAGGCUAGGCCAAGGAGGAUCCGGACAGGUAUAUAAAGGACUCCUACAAGAUCUUGGAGGUUGCACAGUUGCUGUGAAGAGACUCUUUGCAGAAUCUAAUCAGCAAUAUGAGAAGGUCUUCAUUAAUGAAGUCAGAAUCAUAAGCCGCGUAAUCCAUCGAAACCUGGUGCAGUUCAUUGGAUGGUGUCAUGAGCAGGGUGAAUGCUUACUUGUUUAUGCAUACAUGCCUAACACCAGCCUUGACACCCACCUAUUUGGCACCAGAACAACCCUUCAAUGGGAUAACAGGUACAAGAUAGCUUUAGGCUUAGUCUCAGCCCUUCAUUAUCUACAUGAGGAGGCAGAGCAAUGUGUCCUUCAUAGGGAUAUCAAAUCAGCCAACGUAAUGUUGGAUAACGACUUCAGCACUAAGCUUGGUGAUUUUGGCAUUGCUAAGCUCGUGGAUCCCCGGUUCAGGACUCAGACAAGAGGAGUAGUAGGGACUUUUGGAUACAUGGCCCCAGAAUAUGCUAAUGAAGGAAAGGCUAGUAAGGAAUCUGACAUGUUUAGUUUUGGAGUUGUAGCCUUGGAAAUUGCAUGUGGAAGGAAGACAUACCAACAUGGAGAAUAUCACUUGCCACUUUUUAGUUGGGUUUUCCAGUUACACCUUGCAGGAAAUCUUCUUGAUGCAGCUGAUGAAAGAUUAGAAAUGAAUUAUAAUGAAAAUGAAAUGAAAUGCCUGUUGAUUGUUGGACUAUGGUGUACUCACCGCAACAACAAGAAAAGACCAAAAGCAGGGCAAGUAAUGAAGGUUCUUCAGCUUGAAGCACCAUUACCAGAACUUCCAAGGGACAUGCAUGAUCAUUCAGUACAACCUGAACAUCAACUACAAACUCAGGCUGCUUCCUCUCAGAUAUCCUUAACUUCUUCUAGCCUUGUUACUGUGGGUCGUUAA